GGGUUAUAGAGAGUGUGGAGAGAGAAAGAGGACUAAUUAAAUUCUCCACGAAAAUCUUUGAUGACAUUCAUUUCUCGAGGUGUUUGAUCGAAAAGUUCAUAAGCAAGUCAUUUAUCCUCAAUGGAUAACGGAGAAUUUCAUUUUAUUCCCAGUAAAAUACGCAGCUAGCGUCAUCAGCUGGUGACGAUCAAAGCCAGCUACACCGAAAUCUUUCGCGAUCCGGUAUUACUCCUUGAAUUAACCUAGUUGAUCCUCAGAACAUUGAUGACAGUUGAAUUGAUGUAGUUUCGGAGAUAUGUAUCAUUGCAUGAAGAUAUCUACACGUCUGAAAGAAUCCUACUGAUUGUUUCAAAACCGAAGAAAAAUAGAGAAAAGACCAAUCAACGUAUUGUAAUUCAUUUUAUACUGUUACUUUGUGAUUCCCCAGUAUUUUACCCACCACCAUCAACAUUCGGAGUGAGUAUCACUAUUAGGUUCACGAAGGAAGUGACUGUUGGAACCUGUUCAUUGACGAGGGAUUUUGUCGCAGGGAAAAAUGAGCCUGAGGAGGAACUCGUCGAUUGGCUCCUCGACAGGGGGGGAAGACCUUCAUGGUACAAUGUCAACGUUAGCGAGUAUGAUCAAACAGUCGAAGAGGGUCUUCGUGGGAAAUUAUACUGAGAGACGAUAUGUCCAGUCGGUGCCGGCCUACAGAAAAGAUGAAACCAUUAAAACGCAUCAAAUACUUUGCCAUCGGUCUUCAGGAAAAUUUAUUCAGAGUUCAUCUCAUUACAGGGACAUUGUUUCCAUUGAUCCAGAGGAGAGUGAAGUGGUGAAAUGUUUAGCUGACAUACAGAAAGUCGUUCGAGAAGAGUUUAAAGAAAAAUGGCUGGGAAUUACUUGUAAUAUGACCGACAAUAUUGUUGUAAAUUACAACUUAUGGGUGGAACUAGACCAAGUGCCUCUGGGAAAGCACUGGUUUCAGAUUCGAUCCCUUAAAAUGAAUCAGAACACGAUUCAACUGCAGCUGAGGUAUUUGAGGCCAUAUGAGGGAAAAGAAAGAGACUCGUUCUUCAAUGAGUCUGUACAAUAUCCACCCUUCAAUAUCAAAGAGAUUUUCACUUACCACAAUCUCUGCGAAGUCGCCAGAUUCAGUGCAGUAUUACUAAUGAGUAUAAUAACUGUAGCCGGAAAUGUCCUGUGGUACAUAAGUGAAUAUUCCCUGCGUCUGACUCGAGAACUAUCGAAUCUGAUAAGAGUCUUAACGCCAAUUAUCUUCGGACUCUACGAAUUCAUGUCAAAAUGCGUUGGUGGAUUUAUAUGGCUGAUUUUCAUGCUGUUCGGCGGUCAUUCUGCCCCUAGGAAUCCUCCACCCAUGGCUAUCAUGGGAAACAGUCCCCGACCCAUUCAAUACCGGAGGAGUUACUCCAACCAGAAGUUCAAGUACUGAGGGACGCAGCUAUUCUUCAAGUAUUACACACAAGAAUUUUAUUAACUUAGUGAUCCUUCGAUUUUUUAAUGCUACUCUGAAGAUCUAUUCGUUAUGCAUAUUUGAUCGUAAAGUUUUAAUGAAGAUUUUUGAAACCAAAUGUAAAAAUGUUUUAUAUCGAUAAUACAUAUUGAGUAUUAUA